AUGACUUCAGUAAGAGACGUUCCAGCACAAGAUUUCAUAAACGCUUAUGCUAUCUUUUUACAAAGACAAGGUAAAUUAGAAGUACCAGGUUACGUUGAUUUAGUCAAAACUUCAGCUGGUAAUGAUUUACCACCACAAGAAGCUGAAACUUGGUUUUACAAAAGAGCUGCCUCAAUUGCUAGACACAUUUACUUAAGAAAACAAGUUGGUGUUGGUGCUUUAAACAAAUUAUACGGUGGUGCUAAAAACAGAGGUUUCAGACCACAUAAACAUGUUGAUGCUUCAGGUUCAAUUAAUAGAAAAUGUGUUCAAAGUUUACAAAAAAUUGGUGUCUUGGAAAUCUCACCAAAAGGUGGUAGAAAAAUUUCAGAAAAUGGUCAAAGAGAUUUAGAUCGUAUUGCCGCUCAAACUUUAGAACAAAACGAAGAAGCAUAA